GUAUUUAUUUUUAUUUUCAAAAUUUAGCAUAGUACACGGUCAUUCGCGACGAAGAACCAAGUAAAGCUAGAAAGAUUUUCUCAGAUAUUUCGAAGGUGCAAAUAUUAUCUACGGUGUCACUUGCCUGACCUAAAGCCCUACCGAAUCUAACUGACAGUAGCGCCGAUCUGCACAUUUUGUCAUUGACGUUGCGCCCAGGCAGAUCAGUUGUUGUCCACCGGAGUAAAGCUGGCUAUGAAUUAGUAGCUACUGGGACACCAACGUAGCUUACGUUGGUCAGCUAAUUAGCCAAUGCUCGAUGAGAAAGCAGGGAGUAUUCAGGAGUCUACACCAAGAGCUCUGGAGAAACGGGUGAAAUAGCUAGCUAAAUGCCUUUACGCUGAAAAUGGGUGAUGACGUUUGUAAAUAACUAGAACAAGCUGGCCAGAGUAGCUAGCUAGCUUAGCAGUUUGCCAACACAUCUGUCAAAGCCAGCUAGAUAGGGAUUUAUUUGCUACCACUAGCUAACUGAUUGUCCAUUGCUAAUGUUAUAUCAAUAACCUUAGUUAAUAGCUAGCCCGUGUCAACGCAUAUGCUGAUAGUGAGUUAGCUAGUUGGCUAUUUAGCUAGCUAGCUAUUAUGACAGUCGACACCUUGGUAGCUAGCUAGCUAGCGCCUGGAAAUCGAACGAGGGGUCUCUCCAACAAGAUAGCUAGCUUGUUAACUAACCUAAAUUGGCUACGGUCAUUCAAUUAUCCAAAUCGAAUAGCUAGCUAGGCGUUCUUGUGGAUAGGUAUUGAUUGCAAACCAAUCGGCACUUGGCUUUCACCACCGGAAAAUGAAGAAGUUCUUCGAUUCACGCCGGGAACUUGCGAGUUCCGGGCCUGGUUCUGGAGCAGGUGGCAUUGGGUCGAGCAGCAGCGGUGGCAGUUUUAUUGGACGGGUUUUCACCAUUGGACGGUAUCAAGUGACCGUUGAUGAAACUGUUGCUGAAGGAGGCUUUGCCAUUGUGUUCCUGGUGCGGACCAACCAGGGGGUGCGCUGUGCUCUGAAGAGGAUGUACGUCAACAACGAGCACGACCUGCAGGUCUGCGAGCUGGAGAUCCAGAUCAUGAGGGACCUCGUGGGCCACAGGAACAUUGUGGGUUUCCUGGACUCCAGUAUAACUGCAGUGGGAGCAGGAGAUGUCUGGGAGGUCCUCAUCCUCAUGGACUUCUGUCGUGGUGGUCAGGUGGUGAACCUGAUGAAUCAGCGUCUGCAGACAGGCUUCACUGAGCCAGAGGUGCUGCAGAUCUUCUGUGACACCUGCGAGGCCGUGGCCCGACUCCACCAGUGCAAGACGCCAAUCAUCCAUCGAGACCUCAAGGUGGAGAAUAUCCUGCUCCAUGACCGGGGACACUAUGUGUUGUGUGACUUUGGCAGUGCCACCAACCGCUUCCAGAACCCUCAGACAGAGGGCGUUCCACUGGUGGAGGAGGAAAUCAAGAAGUACACUACUCUGUCAUACCGAGCCCCAGAGAUGAUCAACCUCUAUAAUGGCACGGUCAUCACUACAAAGGCAGACAUCUGGGCUAUGGGAUGCCUGCUGUAUAAGCUGUGCUACUUCACCCUGCCGUUUGGGGAGAGCCAGGUGGCCAUCUGUGAUGGCAGCUUCACUAUUCCAGACAACUCCCGCUACUCCCCGGACAUGCACUGCCUCAUCAGAUACAUGCUGGAGCCUGACCCUGAGAAGAGACCAGAUAUCUACCAAGUGUCCCACUUCUCCUUCAGGCUUGCCGGGAUAGAAUGCCCCAUCCGGAACGUACAUAACUCCACUAUUCUUACAAAACUCCCCGAACCAAUCAGAGCCAGCGAAGCUGUGGCCAAAAAAAGUCAAUCCAAAGCCAGGCUCACAGACCCUGUCCCCACAAUGGAGACCUCCAUCGCACCCCGUUCACGCCCCAAAGCUGGAGGGACCCAGCCCAUAGGCAUCCUGCCCAUCCAGCCAGCCCUCACCCCACGCAAGAGACCCAACGUGGCUGCAGGAGGGCCCCAGCCCAUAGGUGUUUUAUCCGCCGCCCAGCCUGCUGCUGCUGUCCAAUCGGUUCAGCAGGCACCUGCUGCACAGGCCACAUCCCCACUGGCGCAGACCACCUCUUCGCAACCCAUGGCCACGCCCCAGCACCAGCAGGGUCUCUUCAUGAAGCAGCAGGCAGCAGCCUUUUUCAGCCCACAUCAGCAAGUCAACCAGCAUCAGCUUGUGCAGACCCUCUACAAACGGCAGCAGCCUCCCAUGCCGGUCCCCCAGAGCUCUGUGGCUGUGCAGCCCAAAGCUAAUCCUGUUGCUCCUCUGCUGCCACCAGCCGGCCCUGUGCCCCCCUCCCCCCAAACAGCAGCUCAGCCUGCAGCCACAGGACCUGCUGCACCUGAUUCCGACUCUGACUGUGACUCUGAGCCCACGCCUCUGGCAUCUGGCCGUGGGCUCCACAAGGUUGGCUCCCUGACGCCCCCCUCCUCCCCAAAGAUGGGCCCCCGGGGUGGCCACAGGCGCAUACUGAGCGAUGUCACCCACAGUGCUGUGUUUGGGGUCCCAGUCAGCAGGUCCACCCAGCUACUGCAGGCGGCUGCAGCCGAGGCCAGCCUCAACAAGUCCAAGUCAGCCAGCACCACCCCCUCUGGCUCCCCCUGCUCCUCCCAGCAGAGUGUGAACCAGCCAUGUGAGGGUGGUGCCCAGACAGCUCCCUUUGCACCGUCUGGCAGCUGGAACCCGUUUGGUGACGACAACUUCUCCAAGCUCACUGCUGAGGAGCUACUCAACAAGGAUUUUACCAAGCUGGUCGAGACUACAACAGGGGAGAGGGCCAGCCUCUCCACAGAGAACCUCAUUCCAGGUCUGCAGCCUGUCUCUGCUGCUGGUGCUACAGGCAAAGGCUUUCCCAGGUAAGGCUCUGAGAGAUCUGCUGACAUCCUGAGUUUGGAUGCAGGCUCAGAGAUGUUGAGUGGCCCGGACCCCUUUAACACACACUCCCUCUCUGACACCCCAGAGAAGCUGAUUGAGGGACUGAAGUCCCCUGAGACUUGUCUGCUGCUCCCUGACCUUUUGCCCCUGGCUGACCCCUUCAGCAGCUGUGGAGAGGGCAACAGCAAUGCUGCAGCUAAGGCUGAUACGUAUGUGGACUCUCUGAUCCUGGGUCUGGACACAGCCUCCGCCAGCCUGCCAGACCCUCUAGCUGGGGAGGACUCUCUGCUGGGCUGCUCUCUGCUCUCUCACACCUCCACCCCUGGGGUUCAAACUGUCUGUGUACCUCCAUCCUCCUGCUCCUCUGCCUCCUGUCUGGAUGAGCUGGCUUCUGUCUCAUUUGGCACUGCCCAAGCACCUGCUGACUCUGCUUACCUCAUGUCGGGCUUCCAGCCACCCGAGGCUGGGAAGAAGGGCACUGAGGACGAGUUUGACCCCAUCCCUGUGCUCAUCUCCAAAAACUCCAACAACCAAGAGCUGAAAGGGGUGAGUAAUGGUUACGCUGUGCUGGACGAGGGGGAUUCUGAAAUUGAGCUGCCUGGAGAAGGUCACAGAGCAAACGAAGGCUGUAUCCACUCCAGCGAUGAUGAUGAUGAGGAGGAAGACGAGAGAGUGAAGGAGGAGCAGGGCAGGAGGGCCAGUGAGAGUGACGUGGUUCAUGACUGCAGUGGCUCCAGACCUUUGCUGCUGGAUUCAGAUGAAGAGGAGGAGCAGGGGUCUGAAUUACUCCUCCCAUCCUCCCAGCCAUCCCUAUCACACCCACAACUCUCCACUUCCUCCCACCAACCUACCCCAUCCCUCUGUGCCCCAUCCCUGAAUCAUUCCCACCAGAUGCCACAGCAAGCCAGGGUGGUUGAGGUUGUCUCUGAUGUCUUCUUCAAAUCCCCCUUCAGGAUUGAACAAGAGGCAGGCGACGUGUUCGCAAAUGCCCCCUUCCAACGUCCCCCUGUUGUGGCUCAACAGCAUCCAGACGUCUUCCUGCAGGCCCCCUUUGUGAAGCCCAAGACCCAGCACCUUCACCCAGCUGUGGUUCACCCUGUGGCCCCUGAACCAGCCCUCUUGAGCCAGGUGGCCACACAGCCUUUCCGCCCACAGGCCCUGGCCAAGUACUCCCGACACUUUGAGGGCCCCUUGCCUCACCAACCUGUGACAGCUCAGAGGGUGGUGUCCAAUGUGAGCAGGCAAGCUGCUGUGGGCCCCUUACACUCCUGGACUUCAGAGGUGAACUCAGUAGACCCCUUUGUCUCUGCGCCCUUUCACAUCAAGGCCCCACAAGAAAAGCCCUGAAAGAUCCCAUCCUUCCCUACAGGGAAGCGGAGCCAGCAUUGGAGCCCACACCUGUGCACACUACACUAAGGCAUACACACUGCAUGCUGUCACCUGCACCGGGGCUGGACUGCAAGGCAGCAUAGAACUCUUAAGAUCUUGUCCUUACAAACUUCGAUCAUUCUAGAUAUUGAGCAAGGUCAUCAAUGUGUUUUUUUGCUGCAGUAGAAUUGAGGUGGGUCCUCAUUUAUAAAUGCUGUGUAUACACAAAAUAUGCCCCAAAACAUGCAUGCAGCAGUUUAAGCAAAAGUUGUCAUUUAUAAAAACUGAACUUGACGUGAGAAUGUGAUUAUCCUGCCUCCAUGCGUAUGCAGUUUCAAGUGGUUGAAUUUUUGCAAUGCAAUUAAGGGAAAAGUAGCAUAGUAGCCUUGUGCAUGAAUACAGUGGCCUUCAGAAAGUAUUCAUACCCCUUGACUUAUUCCACAUUUAGUGAAUUAUGUGAAGCCUGAAUUCUAAAUGGAUGUUUACCCAUCUACACACAAUAACCUAUGACAGUGAAAACAUGUUUAUAGAAAUGUUGCUUAUUUAUUUAAAAUUAAAUACAGAAAUCUCAUUUACAUAAGUAUUCACACCCCUGAGUCAAUACAUGUUAUAAUCACCUUUGGCAGUGAUUACAGCUGUGAGUCUUUAUUAGUAAGUCUAAGAGCUUUGCACACCGUAAAUGUACAGUAUUUGCACAUUCUUUUAAAAUUAUAUUGUUUGGUGAUCAUUGCUAGACAGACAUUUUAAGUCUUGCCAUAGAUUUUCAAGCUGAUUUAAGUCAAAACUGUAACUAGGCCACUCGGGAACAUUCAGUGUUGUCUUGGCCUUCUGAAAGGUGAAUUUGUCUGUUGGAAAGCAGACUGAGUCAGGUUUUCCUCUACGAUUUUGCCUGCGUUUACCUCUAGUAUAUUUUUAUUCCCCAAAACUCCCUAGUCCUUGCCAAUGACGAGCAUACCCAUCAUGAUGCAGCCACCACCAUGCUUGAAAAUAUAGUCAUACUCAGAUGUGAUUUUCCUCAAAUAUAACGCUUUGUAUUCAGGAUAUAAAGUACAUUUCUUUGCCACAUUUUUGGCAGUUUCUUGCAAACAGGAUGCAUGUUUUGGAAUAUUUUUAUUCUGUACAUGCUUUUGUCAUUUUAGGUUAGUCUUGUGGUGUAACUACGAUGUUGAUCCACCAGGCUCAAAGGGAUAUUCAAUGCUUGUUUAUUUUUACCCAUCUACCAAUAGGUGCCUUGCUUUGUGAGGGAUUUUAAAACCUCCCUGGUCUUUGUGGUUGAAUAUGUGUUUGAAAUUCACUGCUCAACUGAGGGACUUUACACUUAUCUGUAUGUGUAGUGUACAGAGAUGAGAUGGUCACUAAAGAAAAUCCUGUUAAACUAUUGCACAGUGUGAGUCCAUGGAACUUGUGACUUAAGACUAUUUUUAUUUAGGUUGCCAUAAAAGAGAUGACUCAAGACAUUUCAGCUUUUCAUUUUUUUAUUUGUUAACAUUUCUAAAAACAUAAUUCAACUUUCACAUUAUGGGGUAUUGUGAGUAGCCCAGUGAGACAAUCUCAAUUUAAUUCAUUUUAAAUUCAGGCUGUAAAAUAAAAUAGCCAAAUGUGGAAAAAUUCAAGGGGUGUGAUUACUGAAUUCUGAAGCCACUGUAUAUAAUAAUACUCGAAUUCAUAACAAAAACAGGUAGCUAAAUAUAACAAGAUACAGUAAUUUGUCAUUAGUGAGAUGAGCAAAAAUCUAUUUAUUUUCUUUGCAUUCUAAAAUAAUUAGAAAAGUAAUUUUUCAUUUCCAUGAUCAUUUCAUAAUUAAUUCCUCACCUUUUCUGACUAAUGGCUUCAUAUUCACAAAAUUGCCUAUAGGCCUAAAGCAAGUUAUUAUAGGCUACAAUUUAUCCCAUUUCUCACUUAAUUAAACCCACUUUACAAUAGUAAAUAGAUGAGCUAUUGCAAGUAUUUUGCUCUAUGCAAUCUGACGUGAAGCUCAGUUUAACGGUAGAAGAGACGGUUCCUUUUCCAUUAACGUUUGUAGGCUACCUGAAUACUGUGCUGUCAAAUUGCUUGGGUAGACAAUAUUUCAUUUAUAAACAUGCAUACACCGAGUACACGAAACAUUAAGAACACCUUCCUAAUAUUGAGUUGCACCCCCCUUUUUGCCCUCAGAACAGCCUCAUUUCGUCGGGGCAUGGUCUCUACAAGGUGUCGAAAGCAUUCCACAAGAAUGCUUCCCACAGUUGUCAAGUUGGCUGGAUGUCAUUUGGGUGGUGGACCAUUCUUGAUACACACGGGAAACUUGAGUGUGAAACCCAGAAGCGUUGCAGUUCUUGACACAUUUGUGCGCCUGGGCUGGCACCUACUACCAUACCCCGUUAAGAGGCAUUUAACUCUUUUGUCUUGCCCAUUCACCCUCUGAAUGGCACACAUACAAACCAUGUCUCAAAUCCAUCUUUAAUGUGUCUCCUCCCCUUCAGCUACACUGAUUGAAGUAAAUGUAAUAAGUGACAUCAAUAAGGGAUCAUAGCUUUUACCUGAAAUUCACCUGAUCAGUCUGUCAUGGAAAGAGCAGGUGUUCUUAAUGUUUUGUACACUCUGUGUAUAGGCUUAUCAUAAUCAUUGCAGAAUGCAUUCCUUACCUUUUCUGUCAUAUUCAUAUUUCUGACACAACCAUACAACAAAUGCAUUUAAACGCAGUUUUACACAAUUCCUGACAUUUAAUCCUAGUAAAAAAUCCCUGUCUUAGGUCAGUUAGGAUCACCACUUUUAUUUAAAAAAUGUGAAAUGUCAGAAUAGUAGAGAAUUGUUUCCGCUUUUAUUUCAUUCAUCAUAUUCCCAGUGGGUCAGAAGUUUACAUACACUCAAUUAGUAUUUGGUAGCAUUGCCUUUAAAUUGUUUAACUUGGGUCAAAUGUUUUGGGAAGCCUUCCACAAGCUUCCCACAAUAAAUUGGAUGAAUUUUGGCCCAUUCCUCCUGACAGAGCUGAGUCAGGUUUGUAGGCCUCCUUGCUCGCACACGCUUUUUCAGUUCGGCCCGCACAUUUUCUAUAGGAUUGAGGUCAGGGCUUUGUGAUGGCCACUCCAAUUCCUUGACUUUGCUGUCCUUAAGCCAUUUUGCCACAACUUUGGAAGUCUGCUUGUGGUCAUUGUCCAUUUGGAAGACCCAUUUGCGACCAAGCUUUAAAUUCCUGACUGAUGUCUUGAGAUGUUGCUUUGAUUUAUCCACAUAAUUUUCCUCCCUCAUGAUGCAAUCGAUUUUGUGAAAUGCACCAGUCCCUCCUGCUUCAAAGCACCCCACAACAUGAUGCUGCCCACCCCCGUGCUUCACAGUUGGGAUGGUGUUCUUCGGCUUGCAAGCAUCCCCCUUUUUCCUCCAAACAUAACGAUGGUCAUUAUUGCCAAACAGUUCUAUUUUUGUUUCUUCAGACCAGAGGACAUUUCUCCAAAAAGUACAAGGUUUGUCCCUAUGUGCAGUUGCAAACCGUAGUCUGGCUUUUUUAUGGUGGUUUUGGAGCAGUGGCUGCUUCCUUGCUGAGCGGCCUUUCAGGUUAUGUCGAUAUAGAACUUGUUUUACUGUGGAUAUAGAUACUUUUUUGUACCCGUUUCCACCAGCAUCUUCAAAAGGUCCUUUGCUGCUGUUCUGGGAUUGAUUUGCACUUUUCGCAUCAAUGUACGUCCAUCUCUAGGAGACAGACCAUGUCUCUUUCCUGAGCGGUAUGACCGAUGCGUGGUCCCAUUGUGUUUAUACUUGUGUACUAUUGUUUGUACAGAUGAACGUGGUACCUUCAGGCGUUCGGAAAAUUCUCCCAAGAAUGAAUCAGACUUGUGGAAGUCUUUUUUUUUUCUGUCUUUCUGAUGUCUCAGUGCACAACAAUACAGCCACAGGUACACCUCCAAUUGACUCAAAUGAUGUCAGAAGCUUCUAAAGCCAUGACAUAAUUUUCUGUAAUUUUCAAAGCUGUUUAAAGGCGCAGUCAACUUGGUGUAUAUACAUUUCUAACCCACUGGAAUUGUGAUAGUGAAAUAAUCUGUCUGUAAACAAUUGUUGGAAAAAUUAGAUGUCCUAACCGAUUUGCCAAAACUAUUAGAAAUUUGUGGAGUGGUUGGAAAAACAAGUUCUAAUGACUCCAACCUAAGUAUAUGUAAACUUCCGACUUCAACUGUAUACUGCAUAUCCCGUUCUGGGCUCAACCGCUCAGAUUUGACCCUCUGCUCUUAUACUUAGUCCAUUCCCCAUUGCUCUGAGAUGCCCAGUAAGAAUUCCCAUGACAGCUCUGGUCUCAGGGUGAUGAGAGGAAGGCCUCCUUUAGUGGUUCCUCUGUGUCUUUACUUCCAAAAUAUCAGAAGUAUAUCUGAUGAGCAUUUUAGCCCAUUGAGUGAUGUACACUUUUUUUACUAGGUAGGUUAAAUGUACCUCUAGCAGGGCGGUCAUAUUUGAUAAUGUAUUAUAAUGUUAAUCAGAUGCUGGAUUGUUUGAGUUUUAGCCUUUUUUUGAUCCUUCACUGAUUGCUAUCUUAGUCACUAUUAGUUGUUUUAAAUGGUCACGUGACUGUCAGUGCUACAAAAGUCAGCCUUAUGUAUCUACAUGCAGGGCAUACAGUACAGAACAUACCUUAGAGGUGAAAGGUCAGAGUUUCUCCUUACGCUUGUCCUUUCUUGUGGGUGCCUCUGCUGUAUUUGUUUGUUGGUUUACUUUAAUUUUGGACUGAGCAGGUUGCUAAUGCUGUAGAAGUGAAGCCUUAAGUCCUCCACUCUCACAAUCAGCACUAUCGGCAAAGUCACUCCCAAUCAGCACCUCUGCUUCACUCCCAAUCAGCAUCUAAUGCUACGUUCACUGGAACUCUAUACAUUCACAAUCAUGUUCUCAAUCCGCACUUCUACAUUAUACCUGCACUUGAGUCACCGAUUCAAGAUUUGUAAAUGUGAUGUAGUUAAGCCUUGUUCACACUGCAGGACUUUGGAAUACGGACUGUCCAAACAGCAAGUUACAAGUGACCAUGUGUUCAGAUAAGUCAUUUCCUGACAUGGCUAUGCAAGUGUGUGAGUGCACAGUGUUAUAGGGUGAUUGGUGCUCGUGCUUCUAUCACUCAGAAGUUAUGUAGCAAGCGAAGGUGACAACAAUAGAUGCAGUAAAGAGAUCAAUAGAAUUUGACCAAAACAAUGGAAAACGCGUAGGGGGGGUGCCGUGGGGGAAAGAUCCCACACUUUAUUUGAUUUAUUAGGAUCCCCCUUAGCCGACGCCAAUGGCAACACCUAGUCUUACUGGGGUCCGACACAACGAAAAAGCCAUUAAAUUGUACAUACAUUUAAAAACAUUAACAUGUAUUGUAUCAGUUACACACAUGUCAGUACAUACACACAAGUAGAAUCACCUCAUUUACUGCAUGUAAGCCUGCCAUUAACAUUUCCCGUUGCUUUGAAUGUUAAUCAUAAUGUAGGAAUACUUUUAGAGCUGCAAAGGAUAUAAGAUGAACCAACUUUCAAAACAAGUCCUUUUUGGCUAGCCACAGCAGUCAGCUAGGUAGCAGUUUAGCGUUCUAGUACAUUCACUCAUUUGUUUGUAAACAACAAGCUAGUUAGCUACCACAUUCUUGUCAUGUCAACAGUAGCUAGCAAGUAACAAGAUAUGCCAAAUAACAGUAAAAACCACUUGAUGGCAAAUUAGAUUUGACCGUUCUGACUUAAUUCGCAUGGACAGGAAUCAGAUUUGUAUCUGAUUUCAAACCACCUACGAAUGUGUUUUCAAAUGUGGCUUGAAAUAUGAUUCCAUGUGCUUUUUAGCUGUUCAGACUGCAGGAAAAAUAAAAGAUUAGAAUUGGAUAUGCCGAAAAAUAGGAUUUGAGUCAUUUCAAACUAACUAGUGUGAACAAGGCUUUAGUUUAGACCGAUGGCACCUCACACUAUUUCUACCUUUUAGAAUCAGCACCCCCUAGCAGAACAUACCAGAAUAACUACAACCCUUGUCAAGCACCUCAAGCGAAACACAGUUGAACUGUAACUUUCACAUGCUCAAAAUACACUUCCAAGUAAAUGGUCAACACAUGGUUUCAUCAUAAACCCGUAAGGGUUAUCUUUUUGCUCUUCUACACCAGAUUUUGCAUUCCUUCUGUUUUUGUUUUCUCCAUAGCCAUAUGAAAUGCUGAUAUGGUCUUCUGCUGACUAUUCAAUAACCUCAAAAAGCACUUUUCAAUGUUUGCUAUCCACGACUCUGCAUAUUACCUGGUCAUGGUGGGGACCAAUAGAGGUUUUAAACUACUUGAUCCAAAGUAAGAACCGCUGUCUUAAAAUUAGUUGUUAAUUAUUUGUUUUAUUACUUUGUACAACACUUGUAUAUGUUUGUUAAUCUGCAGUGCAAAUGAAGAAUGCACACUGCAUCAGCAGUAAUAAUUUACUCGACAAUAGUUUAUUUUAGCAACUAUAGUAUUUACACAGUAGCUUUGAUAGGAAUUAGCUUGCAAAAAAACAAAUAGUGUGCCAGAAGUUAGAUAUUGUAAUUUACUCUGCCAAUUGUCCAUAGGGUUGGUCAUUGUGCAACAACAAAAAACAAACAUCUAAUAGAACAUACAUUUAAAGACUUUCCAAACGUGGGUAUGUUGUAGUAGACCCGCUUACCUCAUGUCAAAAUAUAAUUCCUGCAAGUGCACCGCCACACUUGCACACAAAAAUAGCAUGAACUUGUGGGCAACUUUUUAUUUUGACAUGAGGUAAGCAGAGAGUAACUGACCUCCAAGGAACUGCACGGAUCUACAAAGACCCACGUUUGGAAAUGCUUUUUAAUUAUACGUUAAAUUCAUGUUCUUUAAUUCCCCCUGCAUAAAGACUAUGCCCACAGACAAUCGACAGAGUAAAUUGAAUUUUAUUUAACUUCUGUCUUCCGGCUGACUAACAUUUGUUUGCCAGCUAAUUGCUAUUGUGUGAAGUUUAGUUGUUAAAAUCGUUCUUUUGUAUGUCAAUUCCUGAACAUAAUAUCAAGUCUUUGACUGUCUUUGAUUUAUGACUGACUUGUAUAGGAAAGAACAGUGGCUGAUUUAUACAGCAAGCCUCACCUGCUGAAACCUAAAAGCACCCAUAUCAAAAUACUUGUCAUGAACACGAAUUUGUUAUAUGUCCUUAUGUAAAGAUAAAUUAAUUAAUGCAAAGCAAGUCAUUUUAAUAGUUUUAAUUUAUGUUGCAUUUGUUUAUGAUCAUGAGACACACCCAUAUGUAAUGAAUGUUAUAAGAUGCACCUUUCA